GCCAUAAUAAAGUCCAUGUUGGGAACAAUUCUUAAUAUUUAAAUUACAAAGCAGCUUCUGAAUUUCGUGGACUUUGUUGCAUGAUAAAUGUCGGAGGUCUCAAGCACCCCCGGCGGCGUCACGCUGACUCCAGCGCCCCCGUGGUACUGGCGAAGCUGGCUGCCACUUAAGUUCACGGGCGAAGCAUCUGUCAGUGGGGAUGUGCGAGUGUCCUUUCUUAUGAGGGUGUCAUGCCAGUACUUCACGCACUCACCAGUUUCCUCAGUUUCUUUUUCUUUAUUUAUUUUUAGCUCUGCAACUCGUCAAGCAACCCAAAAGAAGCACUUCUUCUACGAUAACCGGAUUACCGAAUAAUUCAUAAUGUUCCUUUCAGUUUUGUCGCGAACGCCCCUCGCGUGGACUGUUACAUUGUAGCCUGCAAUCUGUUCUGUGCUUUCAGCUGUCGCUAAGCUAAAUUUGUGCAAUAUUUUUUUCGUGUCUUGUAGGUCUGUUUUUCUUUUUUUUUAACUUGCUCGGGAGAAGGCGUAAUGUCGGUCGCUUUCGCGGCUCACAGACAGCGAGGGAAGGGUGACAUAACACCCGCGGCGAUACAGAAGUUCCUUCCAGAUAAACGAGAUUUCUUCUCCUCCAGCUGUUAGACGAGAACAACCAUUUAAUACAAUGCAUUAUGGAAUAUCAGAGUAAAGGAAAAACAGCGGAAUGCUCACAGUACCAGCAGAUGCUCCACAGGAACUUGGUGUACCUGGCUACUAUAGCAGACUCCAAUCAGAACAUGCAGUCUCUGCUUCCUGCCCCACCCACACAGAACAUGCCCAUGGGGCCGGGUGGGAUGACUCAGAGUGGCCCCCCCCACCCCUCUCAUGGCCACGGCAUGCCGGCUGAGGGCCCCCCCGCCACCCACAUGCAGAACCAGAUGAACGGACAGAUGUCUGGAACCACCCACAUACCUAUUCAGGGCCCUGGGCCCGGCCAGGCUCCCAGCUUGCCUGGCAGCUCUAUGGCCGUUCCCCCCAGCAGCCACGGGUCCAUGGGGGGAUACAGCCACACAGCGGGGGCCUCGGCACAGGGCCAGAUGAGCAUGACCCAGGGCCAGCCCAUGGGAGGUUAUGGCCCCAGGCCCAACAUCAGCAUGCAGCCCAACCAAGGUCCCAUGAUGCACCAGCAGCCGCCCUCCCAGCAGUACAACAUGGCCCCAGGUGGAGCUGCGCAUUACCAGGGCCAGCAGAACCCCAUGGCCAUGAUGGGGCAGGUGGGCCAGGGCAACCACGUCAUGGGGCAGAGACCCAUGCUGCCCUACCGGCCUCCUCAGCAAGGACCCCCCCAGCAGUACGCAAGCCAGGAGGACUACUACGGAGAGCAGUACAGUCACGGAGGACAAGGAACCCCCGAAGGUCAUAAUGAUUACGGUUUUCAGCAACCGUCGUAUCCUGAACAGGGCUACGAUAAGCCUUACGAGGAGCCCUCACAACAUUACUACGACGGAGGCAACUCUCAGUACGGGCAGCCGCAGGAGGCCUACCAGCAAGGCCCACCCCAGCAGCAGGGCUACCCAGCACAGCAACAGCAGCAGCAGCAGCAGUACCCGGGGCAACAAGGUUACCCUGGGCAACAGCAGGGAUACGGGCCCUCUCAAGGAGCUCCAGGACAGUACCCCGGCUACUCCCAGGGGCAGGGCCAGCAGUACGCAGGGUAUCGCCCCCCCCAGCCGGGGCCUCCGCCAGCGCAGCAGCAGCGCCCCUAUGGCUACGACCAGGGUCAGUAUGGGAACUACCAGCAGUGAGGCGCUGAAGCCGCCCCACCCCCCACAAAGCAACAUUUGCCCUCAGCGCUGGAGCCACGCCUGCUAUCAGGAUGCCUAUUUUGCCCUUUUUCUCUGCAGUUUCUGUAAUGGCUGCUGUUGUGUGACUGCUUUAGAGUCCGU